AUGGCUGCCACGUACUUUACGUGCACUUUAGGGCAGGCGCAAUCCUUGGGCCUGACCAACUCCAACUUCAAGAAUAUCAAUCACUUCAUUGAUUCUCAGGCAGAAGCCAUACCGUCCCAACCUGCUGUCGGUUUUGCCAUUCCCUCCAACUCGAACUCUCAGUGGAACAGCAAAACAUGGACCUUCUCGGAUCUGCAAGAUGGCUCUAGAAAGGUCGCAGCUUUGUUGCAAAAGACACAUGGAGAUCUUCUGUGCAACUCGGAUACGGUCGCAUUGAUUUGUCCAAGCACUCCGGAGUUUCUGUUUACGUGGCUUGCUCUCAUGCGAUUAGGACACCCUGUCCUCCUGAUUGCACCACAAUGUCAACCAGCAGCUAUCGCACACCUGUGCAAGGCUUGUCAGACUACUGUCAUAUUCCACGACGAGACUUAUGCCGAUCAGUCUGGAGAAGCUGCAAACAUCGCCCAGGAUAAUGGUGAGAAGCUCAAUGCUAUCGAGUUGCCAUUUUCCAAGGAUCAGUCUCUAUCAGACAUCAUGGCACAGGAAGCAACCGGAUCCACAACUUUCCCAGAUGUCAAAGAGACAGAUGUUGCAUACCUCCAUCAUACCUCUGGAACCUCUUCCGGCGUACCCAAGCCAAUUCCGCAAACACACCGCGCAGGUGCUGGUGUUCUUCCUUCGUUUCCCGAUGGAAAGCAAAGCGCAACGUUCACGACCACCCCGCUAUACCACGGUGGUGUAGCUGAUGCAUUCAGAGCAUGGACGAGUGGUGCGCUCAUCUGGCUGUUCCCUGGCAAAGGUAUACCAAUCACAGCAGCAAACGUUAUCAAGUGCUUGAGUGCAGCAGAAAAGGGCGUAGAGCAAGGCCUUCCUCCUGUGAAGUAUUUUGCCUCCGUACCAUACGUACUUCAGAUGAUGGAGGCAGACGAGCAAGGCUUUGAGUAUCUUCGAAACAUGGAUAUCGUUGGCGUUGGUGGUGCUGCUUUGCCAGCAGAAGUGGGAGAUCGCAUGGUUGGCAAAGGAAUCAAUCUUAUCUCGAGAUUUGGCAGUGCAGAGUGUGGUUUCCUCAUGUCAUCUCACCGUGACUACGCCAAAGACAGGGAGUGGCAGUAUCUCCGCAGCAACCAAGGAGCCGAAUAUCUUACGUAUGAGAAGAAUGAGGAUGGUCUCGUUGAACUGGUGAUCAAGCCAGGCUGGCCGCACAUGGUAAAGUCUCUCCCAACUGCUGACACCAAACAUCAAUUGACGUGA